UGCAUCCCUUUUCCACCCUCCGCGGUAGCAAGGUGGCUAUGAGCCAGUUCCUUGAGGAGGACAGGGCGCUCGUGGAAAUUAGGGUUAAGAGCCCAGGCGCUCUAUACGAAGUGACGCAGGGCUGUGAAAAGGAGAAUUUAGAGCUUGUUGAAAAACCCUGGUAUGGUUCGAAGAGGAUGAAAUCCUGGGAAAAUGUGGAUAUGAAAUUUCAUCCGUGUCACUUUGGGGCUAAGAAUUAGGGUUGCAGUAGUUUCGAGUAGUGCAUAGUUAUGGCGUUUAAGGUUCUAGGAUGCACGUGGGCCUGUGAAGCUCGAACAAGGGCGGAAAUGGGAAUUCGUUUGGCUGGUAACAGAGUGGGGAUUCAUGGUAUUUGGAGAUGAGAGAAAUUAGAAUAUUCAAUGCGGAACUCUUGAUAGUGAAUUUUCUGUACGUUUAGUUGUACUUCGGGAAAAUGGCGAUUCCUGUUGGUCUCAUGCUCUGCGUUGAUGCAAUGGGUACUGCCAAUGUGAAUAAGAAACUGGCAUAUCCUUCUUGUAAACUCAAAUUUGGAAACUGUGGCCGAGGUGGUGCGGUUUCGGGGAAUUUGAGAGUUGGUGCAAUUAUGCGAACGGGGAAGAGCGGGGUUAAAGUUGGGGGUUGCAGGAGGACGAGAUUACCAGGAGGGCAGGGGAUGUUAAAUUUGAGAAGGAUUGAGUCCGAGCGCAUUUUGGUCGGAAACACUAAUGGACUAUGUUGCAGAGAGCGUUAUGGGGGACUCUGUGUUAGAGCUUCGAAAAGCGGAGACGAGAAGGAUUUGAGGUUCUCACAGCAGGUUCGGGAGCGAAGUGAUUCGGAAGAAGAAAAAGAAGAGGGUGGAUUGAGUGAGGCUGUAAAUGGGGAGGAGUCCGCAGCCUCUAUUUCUGCAUUGCAUGAAGAUGGUCCAGUUACUCCAGACUAUGGUUCCCGUAGGCCAUUUCGGAACCGGUUUCUGGGACUGGUUAAGCUACGAUCAAACAUUGCGGAGGCAGCAGAAGGUGUAUUCAAGAGCGAAAUUCGGAGGCGUAUAUUUGUAACGAUAGUUCUUCUCAUGGCCAGUCGUGCAGGAUAUUUCAUCCCUUUACCUGGGUUCGAUCGACGUUCCAUGCCUGGAGAUUAUUUAGGCUUCGUUUCUGGAGCUGUAGAGGAGCUUGGAGAUGCUGUCUCAGAAUUGAAGCUAUCCGUAUUCCAACUUGGAAUUAGUCCCUAUAUCCUCUCAUCCAUUGUUAUGCAGGUAUCUUGUCACCUAGUUCCAGCACUUGUGAAGCUUCGGAAAGAGGGAAUCGAUGGCAACGAGAAAAUAAAGAAAUACACCUGGUGGUUAGCGUUUGGAGUUGCAGUGGUGGAGUCCUUGGGCAUAGCUAUACACUCUAUCCCGUAUUCCCUUUACGCUGCUCAAAACAGAUUUAGUUAUCUAUUUGUGACUGUUGGUCUUUUGACGCUUGGAGCAGUGACAUUAAAUUGGAUAUGUGAUAAAAUAACAGAAGCUGGUUUCGGUCAAGGAUCUUCUCUCAUCAUAUGCAUUGGCAUAUUGAAGGGCUAUUCUGAGACUCUGCUUAAGAUGCUGAUGAAUCUCAAUCGUGGUCCUACUGGUUGGGGUUCAUCAAUAUUCGUUUUUCUCGGUGUCUUCCUCGCCAUUACCAUGUGGGCAGUGCUUGUCACUGAAGGUCGUCGCAAAAUAAAAAUGGUGUACUACAACUUUGAGUUAGCUCCUUCCAAAGCCAAGGCGGAUGCAGGAUUGCAGGAAGUGGAACCUUAUAUUCCUUUCAACAUAAAUCCUACAGGGAUGCAACCUGUUCUUACAACUACAUAUCUUAUGGCAGUGCCAUCCCUUAUUGCCAACUUCACUCGUCCUGGGGGUUUUUGGCACCAACUAAGGAAUACGUUAAAUCCUGCAUGGCCUCCUGCUCCUGGAUCAAGUCCUUUGCUCUUUUAUGGAAUUAAUGCCUUGUUCAUAUUUGUGUUCAACAUCUUGGAUAUUGUGGAUACGCCGAAGGAAAUUUCUGAGUAUCUGAUGAAAAUUGGUGCAAGAGUUCCGGAGGUUAAACCCGGUCGUCAAACUAUUGAGUAUUUGACCAGUGUUCAACAAUCCACACGUUUUUGGGGUGGAGUUUUACUGGCGAUGUUGGUAACAGUAUCAACGAUUGUGGACAACAGAUUCAGGGCGAUUCACCAAGGCGGAAGUAUUGGUUUUACUUCUAUGCUCAUUAUUGUGGGCUCAAUAAUUGAGUUGAGGAGGUCGUAUAUGGCUUACAACGUGAUGCCAGAACUUAGCAAAGUCUUGAAGCGUUAUGGAGCUUGACAUUAUUAAAAAUGCUACCCUUUCGACUGGUUUAUUGUCUCCUUGAUAUUCAAAAUUCGGUAUACUCAUCAUGAGUGUACUGCACAUGCUUGGACCAGAGCAGCUUGGCAGUGGGAUCGCACUUUAUUAUGUUGAAAAUGACUCAAAGGAUAUGACAGUGUUCCUCAAGGUUAAACCACACAGUAUCACAUUGUUAUCAUCGUGAGGGUUUGGUUCCCCAAGUUUAUUUGUGAUAUGUAAGGACGCGGAGAACUAUUAUUUUCUUGUUGGUUAGAGUACGCUUGUGUGUUCGAGACCUUUGUAACUCGUGUGAAGAUUAUCCCAGGUGCAGUGUCGGUGGUUGGGAAAAUCAUUUGCAAUAUAAACUCAAUAAAGAAAAAUGAAGCUUCUUGAAUCCA